AUGAAAUUCUUUUCCACCACUUCCAGUUUGUUUUUCCUUUCAAGCAUAUUACAUAUCGCACAGAAUGAAGAAGACAAAUACCUCAUCACGCUUGUCUAUCGAUUCGUCUUUGCAAAUGAGGCCAUAUGUGGAGAUCCAUUCAUUGAUCCUGACUGGCUACCAGCAGCUGAGCAGUGUUUUGUGAAUUGUGAUCCAACAGUUCAUAUGUGUAUGAUUCAUACUAGGACAAAUGUCCAGAAAUGUAGACUCUUUUCGCGUGAAUGUCAAGCAGCUAUACGAAAACAUCUUGGGUGGUCGUCAACGGUUGUGAGCGUUUAUCGACCGGCGGAGAUCACCACCACAAUGCCGGCAUUUAUUACUGCUCAGCAGGAACCGAAUGCGGACCGUUCAGCUGUCGAGGCAGCGGAGAACAUUGAAAGAGAUUUGAUGGGACUCGGUAAUCCCUCACCGCUUCCCUCUUCAGAAGGACUAAGUUCAAAAGAAGCUUCCGUAUCGGUCGAGGUGAUAACUCCACCAUCGAACACGAAUACACAGGACUGGAUUGGAACUCCACCACUUGAGGAGAACGGUUACUCUUCCGACGAAGCGCAAAGUUUCGUGACGGAAGCGGCACAAAAUGGCUACGAUGGAGCAUCCGAGCCGGCCACGGAAUACGAUGGUGGUGGACUAAAUCACAAUAAUAUUGAAUCGGUUCCGGAAGAACAAGAGACGAAUGUGCCUCAGGAAGAAAUCGAUUACGCUCCAGUGACAAUCACUCCAAAAAAGCUUAAAAUGAAGAUUAUUCCUCCUAACAGGGAGUUACCAUCGCCGCCGGGUUUUCCUCCGUUCUACCUGAAAACGCGUAGCCCUCCGCCGUUCGCAGUUAUACCACCAACACAACCGGAGCCAGAACUAGUACCAAAAUAUAUAAAUUUCUUGGAACUACCCGAUGAUAACGACAUAACGGUGCCAAUUACGUCAUCAAACUCUCCAAAACCUCCUGGAUUUCGUCCGCUUUUUUCCGAAGAAUUGAAUUUUGAAACAGACACGAAACCAGAGGUAAAAAUCCGGAAGAAAUUAUACGAAGACUCGGAAGCAUCUACAUGGGAUCAUCGAACUCUGAUACACACUCUGCAACCUUUUCCACCAGUGUUUAAAGGAGUAUCCAGUGGCGAACGUCUGGAAAUCCCUCAUGCUUCGAUAUUUCCUCCAGAAAAUGAAGAAAACAGCAUUGGAGCUCGUUUUGAGGUUCUACCUCCAUAUCAACCAUUACGUCAUGCUAUAAAAGUUGGAACAUUCGAUAGAAGCUUAAUAUCUCUUCCGGAACAGAGGCGUAUUCAUCAUUACACAAAUCCGAAUUCACGACAUAAAAUUAUUGCCGAAGUUCAACCGGAAAAGGCACGUGAUCAUAGUAGUCGUUGUUGCGAAUGGUCGUUGAAUGGAUUGUGCGAUAGUCAUUGGCAAAGAAUUCGUCAUAUUUGCCCAAAAAGCUGUGGAACACUGUUAUGUGAAGAUAUCGAAGGUAUCAAAUCAUGUACGCGAGUUGUUGACGUGGACGUGGAAGACUGCUUUCAGGCGGCGAGGCUGACCAGGUACUUCGGCUUGAAGAAUGCAGAGACAGAUGAGGAGAAAAGAAUCAUCAUUGACGGAAUCAUACAACAAAAAUUAGGUCGAUUGGGGACGAAACGCAAAGCUCAAAAAAAGCGUCGUAAGCAUUAA